CACCCUCAGAAAAAAAAAGGUCAAUUCAUUCACUCACUGCGCUAACCCCGCUCCUCCUCCUCCUCCUCCCCGAUCCACCCCCCAUGGACCCCGACGCCGCUCCCCCUCCCCCCUUCCCCCCCGGAUCCGCCUCCGCCGACGCCGACUGCGACGCCACCCUCCCGGUCGACCUCCUCCUCGAGAUCGCGGCGCGCUCCGACGCCGUCUCCGUCGUGCGCUGCGCGGCGGCCGCCAAGCCGCUGCGCCGCGCCAUCCUCGACCGGGGCUUCCGCCGCCUCCUCGCGCAGCGCGCCACCGCCACCUCCGGCUACGACCCGUCCCUGCUCCGCGGCGUCUCCUACAAGAUCGAGGACAGCGACGCCGACCGCCCGGCACGCGUCCUGCAGGCCGUGCCCCCCGACGAGCCCUCCGUGCUCCGCUUCAACGAGAGCCUCGCCUUCGAGCCCGUCGCCUCCCGCGACGGCCUCGUCGUGCUCCGCCGCCUCCGCCCCCGGCCCCUCUUCGGCCAGUCCAUCGAGGAGGGGCCCCCCGGCAGCGUCCUCCGCGUCUGCCACAGCUUCACCGGCGCCGUCUCCGUCCUCCCCUCCGUCUCCAUCCGCGAUUACCGCAAGCACGCGCUGCUCUCCGUCGACGACAACGGCCGCGCCUACGAGCUGCUCGUCGCCGACGAGCGCCUGCGCAUCCAGAUUUACUCCUCGCGCGAGGGCCGCUGGGGCCCCGUCCGCGCCGCGCUCCCCCGCCGCCAGUCCAGGCCGUUCCAUGACUCCUACCCCCUCGUCAUCGGCCGCACCGUCCACUGGCUCUGCAACCCGGAGCCGCUGCCGCCCGGCCGCCACCUGUCCGGCCCGGAGCCGUACAUCGUCGCCGUGGACGUCGACACCAUGGAGGCCACCGUGAUCGAUCUGCCGCGGGGCUGCACCAGCAGAAUGACGGCCUCUAUGAGCCACCGGGGCCUCCUCCUGGCCGCUUCCGUGGACGGGAGGCUCAAGGUUGUGGUCUCGGAGACCCAGGUUAUAUCAAUGUGGACCAUGUUACCACCCGUCGAGGGCGAGCCGAGCUCGCCGCCGAGAUGGAUCCGGCAGGUGCUGAUAGACAAGCAGGACUGGGGCGUGCACAGCUCAGUUCAGUUCGAGGGGUUCGGGCUCAGGAGUGGCACUGUCAUCCUAUAUGUCGGCAGAGUUGGGCUCAUUCGGCUCAACCUUGCCACAAAAGAGGCGGUCAUCGUCUACCACCGCAGCGAUACGGCCUACAUCUCGCAGGUUUGCCUGCACGAGAUGGAUUUGUCCUCUCUGCUGCAGACCAUGAAGCCUCUGAGCUAGCUGCUUGUUAUGGAUCAGUUUUGGGAAUGUUCUUCAGUCCACUUCUUGUUCUACUGCUUUGUUUGCUUAGAGCAGCUGUUUUAGCUCUAAGCAGUCGUGCUCCUUGGCCAAUACUAGUUGUAAAAGGAAUCGAGUCACUCCUAAGUUUGUUAAGUCUUGUCAUUUCUCUCGUUAUGCUGUUAGUGUUUGCCGGCAAUCUGUCGUUCAUCCUGUAAAAUAACGGAUUGUAUGGUUCAUUAUGUACUUUAGCCAGUUCUCAAAGGUGAAAUAAAAUCUGUUUGCCUUA